ACUAGUACAUUCAUCGACUUCUCCUCAAGUCUCGCUUAAUUGAUGCAGAAAAAUGGAGCUGCCAUGGCUGCUCAUGCCGUCUUUUAUUCUUUUGCUGAAUGGAGUUGAAUUGUGUCUUUCAGAUAAUGCCAAACUCUGGCAGUCAUUAAUGAGGAAGAUCACAGAAGCCACAAAUAAUUACCAGCCAUGCAGUCAGGAGAACUGCAGCUGUCAUCUCAGUGUCUUGAAAGAUGACCUUAGGCCAUUUAAAAACGGCAUAUCUGAGGAGUUGAUGGCAGACACAGUACACAGAGGUGUUGGUACGCACUACCAGAUCAUCGGGAACAAGUUGUACAGAGAACAAAGCUGCAUGUUUCCAGCAAGAUGCAGUGGUGUCGAGCACUUCAUCCUAAAAGUGGUUAACCAAUUGCCAGAUUUGGAGGUGGUGAUUAAUGUGCGUGACUAUCCACAGGUUCCUGGGUGGGUUCAGCCAGUCUUGCCUGUACUUUCUUUCAGUAAGACGGCAGACUAUCAGGACAUCAUGUAUCCAGCAUGGACGUUUUGGGAGGGAGGUCCUGCUGUAUGGCCCAUUUAUCCCACUGGACUGGGCCGAUGGGACCUCAUGAGGGAUGAUCUGAAAAAAUCAGCUGCUCAAUGGCCCUGGAAGAAAAAAAAUCCAAAAGGAUUCUUUAGAGGCUCUAGGACCAGUUCAGAAAGGGACCCUCUGAUCCUUCUCUCAAGAGAAGCCCCUGAAAUUGUGGAUGCCGAGUACACCAAGAACCAGGCCUGGAAGUCAGAAAAGGACACUCUGGGUAGACCCCCAGCCAAAGAAAUCCCUCUAGUUGAACACUGUGAAUACAAAUACCUUUUUAACUUCAGAGGUGUGGCUGCUAGCUUCCGUUUGAAGCAUCUUUUCCUGUGUGGAUCGCUGGUUUUUCAUGUCGGCGAGGACUGGCUUGAGUUCUUCUACCCUCAGCUCAAGCCAUGGGUUCACUACAUUCCUGUCAAACAGGACUUGUCUGAUCUGAGAGAACUGCUUCAGUUUGUGAAAGAAAAUGAUGCUGUAGCAGAAGAAAUUGCUGUGAGGGGCCAGAACUUUAUUCUGAAUCAUCUCCGUAUGGAGGAUGUGUCUUGUUACUGGGAGAGGCUCCUCACUGACUUCAGCAAGCUGCUCAAAUACAAACCCAAGAGAAAAUCUAAUUACAAUGAGAUCAUCCACAGAGCUAGCAGAUCUGAACUCUGACCUGAGGAAAUCAUAAUGGGGGAAACCUCAUUUUUGUCUGCCUUCAUUCUUGCUCUU